AUGGGUGCGGCGACGUCUGGACUUCAAUCACAAAUGCAGCAAGAGCAUGAUCCAAAUGCUGCUUUCCCAUGGUGGGUGCGUUUCCUAGCAAAAGGACUUGGAGUACUUGGUGGUUUUGUGGCUAUUUUCUUUGCCGUACUUGGCUUAGUUUCAUUGUCUGCAACCUGUAUCAUUGCUGUUCUAUUACAACUAGCGUUUGGUAUACUGACGGUAGCAUUAGAGGCUCCGUUUUGUUGCAUGUUUAUCGAUUUCAUUGAAAAAAUUGCCAUGUUUUCGGAAUCACGAAAAUAUUGGCAGAAAGGGGCUCUUUACUGUAUCAUGGGCGUGCUACCAAUAUUGUUGUGCACUGAGCUAAAUACGGUACUUGGUAGUGGAAUGAUUUUUGCAUCGGGCACUGUAUAUGGUUUCUUGGCACUGGGCAAAAAAGCAGACUUAUCAUCGAUGGGCGGUACCACAGAUCCAGCGUGGAAUGCUAAUGUUAACCAACAACAGACACCGGCAUCCUUUGGAAAUCCAUCUAUGGCUUAA